AUGAGCGACCAUCGUCAGAUACCGCGCGCACCACACACUCAGAUCAACAUGAACUUCAAUUUCAAUUGCUUCGCCAGCGACUGGCAGGUUCCAGUCUCGUAUGAGCACCCAUUCGUGGCCCACAUCCGCAAGGUCGUCCUGGAAUACCGCAUCCAAUCCGCGUCUCAUUUCAACAUUACCAUCGAGGUAGCCCAGGCUAUGCACGACAAAAACCCGCCUUUGAGUUCUCUCUUGCACCCUAGCUUCCUACCGUACGUCGGGUUCUACAACUUUGGAACCGCUCCCAUUAUCGCUCUUUGUCGCCCGAGGGCCUUGCCAAGCGGAAAGAAACAGCCGAACAUGUCCUCUAACAGCGUCGAGGUGCUACUAAAAGACAAGUUCGUCCCGUUGGCACGCUUUCUGGGCAGGAACUUCCCCAAGUACAAGACGCCUGUUGGAGCCGAGGCCUUGGGCCAGUGGUGGCAAGCUAAUGGGAAAACAUUCAACUGGACCGGUCUGCCUACUGAGUUGAAAGAGCGCAUUGUCCAGUUCUGCAUGCAUCGCUCUGAAUUGCCGCCGCUAUCCAAAAAGUCCAUGUACAGGACCAGAGGCCCACACGAGGUGACUGCACACCUCGGUAGCUGGUCAGCUUUGCUUCGAGUGUCACAUCAAGUCCGGGCCAUCAGCCUUCGUCUCUGUCUCGCAGGCAGCAGCGAUCUGAAGUAUGACAAGGGACUAUGUAUUUUCGCUGAGGGCGGUGGGGACCUCAAGAAUGCGAUUAGACGCUUGACAAAGUUCCCGCAGCUGCUGCAACCCAACAACGCCAGCAUCACGACUGACGAGAAGACAUCGAUGCUUAUCAACACCUACAAGUAUUUCCCGAAGAUCUAUCCACAUCUCGAGCGAUUCGCAACCUUCGGUCACGGCAUCCGCAAGGUCUGCAUCCGGCUGUCCUUCAUCGAUACCAUGCACUUCUUCAAGGUCGAGACUGCAGGAUUUGCGCAGUACCGGAAGCCCUGCCAUAUCGACUUCGAAGUUUUUGAGCGCCUUCCGCGUUUGAAUCAGUUGAUAAUUUUCCUGCCCGGGAGGAAUUAUAUACUGACGGACAUGCCGAGACAACAAGGUCCACCGAUCUUUGGUGACGAGCCUUGUCCCAGGAUCUUGCAUCGUCUCAUCUAUGAGCGUGUAGCUGAAGUUUUGGCCAAAUAUCCAUUUGUCACGUUGCUUAACUUCAUGGACGAGAUUGAAGAGCUGAGAUACAAAACACUGCGUAAGGAGGCAAUGAACAGUCUGAGGUUCUCAGAAAAAGACCUCUCGGAGUUGUACACGGAAGAUGGAGGAGGUAUUGAGCUUGAAGAAAGUGUUUGGCCUGGUGUGUACAAGAAGAACGUUGGCCAAGUGAACCGAGCGUUCGUGUUCGACAGCUUUUGGCCUCCUCAGUGCAGGUGCCAAGUGCGUUGCAAGGAGAUAUUUUGA